AUGAAACUGAUUGAAGAGUGCACCGCCGGCAUAUCCAACGGGGUCGCCGGGAGUCCUGAAGAAAGGGCUGCAGACUUGCUCAAGGUGGAAGUGCUGCGGCUCGAUUGGCAAAGGAUCGCGAGCAUCCAGAAUCUAGACAUAUUCACGCACCUUCGGGAGCUUUACCUUCAACACAACAGGAUCCACGUUAUCGAGGAACUUGAUACACUCCGAAAUCUAGAAUUUCUGGCUCUCGGCUCGAACCGAAUUCGUCGACUGGAGAACCUUCGGCAUCUCCGCAAGCUGCAGGUACUGGACUUGUCCGCCAACGUUAUCGAAGACUUCGACACGCAAGAGCUACCACCUGCGCUCGUCAUUCUUAACCUGUCGAGCAACCUGUGCUGCCUUGAUCCCGAUUUCCGGCAAAGGGUUAUUUCGUGUCUUCCAGGUCUCAUGCAACUUCAGCAAGCAUCACGCUUUUGUACCGAAAACGGCCUACACGGCGAUGACGACAAGAGGAACUUGGCAGGGCAAAUGGAGGAGGCCAUCGCCGGGCUAAAGGCUCGCCACAUUUCUACAGGACGCGUUAUCUCCGAUAGUGAACGGGAUUCCGAGGAGGCCCACCGCAAGGGCCCCGACCGCACCGAUCGUCAUGAAACGGAUGCAAGACUGCAUGCGAUUGUCCGUCUCCAGAAAGCGCGUGCUCGUGUGAUGGAGGAGUCGACAACGUCUUUCGAGCAGCACAAGAAGCUUCUACUGGCUGCUACACGGAAGCUAGUCGAGCAGAAGACGGCUGCAGCACACGGCCGCUCCGACGCGUUGGAGGAAGACAUAACCAAGAUUCUGGAAGACGCACGUGCAGAGCUGCAGCUUCGUCGAGCAAGGGUAUCAGCAGAAAACAGGCGGUUUGCGACGGACAUGAGGGAGAAGGUUGAGAGGGUGUUGGCUGACAGACGCCAAGAAUCUCAAUCGGUGGUGGGAGCGCGAGCGGUCGCCAUAUCUCCGAAAUAA